GCGACGACAGCAGCCGACUGACAGCAUGGCGCUAGCAGGAACCCUGGUGGCGCUGGCAGCGUGCAUCGCGCUGGCCCACACGUCCACCGGAGCGGCCGGCACCACAACGCCGCCUGCGCCGAGACCACAGCCGCUGCCCCAACCACAGCCGCACAAGGAGGAGGAGCACGUGGACUUCCUGGCACAGCCACUGCCUCUGCCUUCGGCAGCCCCUCAGCCUCCAAUGACUGACAGCACUGCCCUCCAACUAAUCUCCGAUCUGGUUCGGCAACAUGCAGUACAGUGGGUGUCACAAAACCCGCACCCACUGAAAGUGUUCGCCAGCGUCGGAGGGUUGGUGGCGCUGGCGCUAGGGGCGCUGAAGGCGCUGGUGGGCUGGCUGCUGCAGCACUGGGGUAUCCCCUGGCUGGCGGGCAGCCCCGCAGAGCAGAGCGAGGACGACGGUGCCCGGCACGUGGCGGCGGCGCUGGCGGACGCCGUGGCGAGCGGCGACUGCCUGCAGAAGGCCGCCUGCCACCUGGGGCACGUGGCCGCCACCUGGCUGCACGUGGCUCCCGCACACAGCCUGCUGAACGCGCUGCCGCCACACCCCGUACUGGACGCCUUCCGCAGCGGCGCGCAGCUGCUCGGCGGCGACUGCGACCAGUAUCUGUGUGUGACGGCCAACUGACACUCGAGGACAACCAGCAGCUGUACAAUGCCCUUCUCGACACUAGACCACGUUCUCGCUUACGGGUUGUGAGUGCGUUCACAUCCAGUGAUAGUGUCUCAAUAGAAUGUUUCUGGGAGUAUGCCCAGAUCUUUAGGGCUAUGGAACUUACUGAAUCAAUCAACUGACUCUCGGAUGUUUCCAUAUUGUGUUAGCUGCAGGGUGAAGCAAGAGACAAGUCAACAGCUCCACGUAGCCCUAUGUGUAUCACUCUCCCAUAGUAAGUUGUUAGAUGCAGCUGUAACGCAAUAUAUACAGGUGACAGGCGUUUCCCUGUUAUUCUAUCAUUUCCGCUAGUGCCCGCGAGGAUCACGCGGGCUCUGACGGAUCAAAGCAGUUCCCGUUUUUAGUUUUGUGGUUAUGGAGCGUCAUCAAUUUUCCUACAUCUUCGUCUUCGUUUCCCCUCUAUCCAACAUCUGGUCGGGUUGGGGUACUUUGCCACUUUACUCUGUCUCUCCACCAUUGUUCUUCGACAGUUUGGUUCCAUAGCACGUCUCUCUUCCUUAAACUCAUUUUUAUUGUAUCAAUCCAUCUUGUUCUCGGUUUUCCUCUUGGCCUCUUGUAUUCAAUCUUGAACUCCAUCAUUCUUUUUGGUAUUCUUCACUCUCCCAUCCUCUUCACAUGCUCAGACCAUUUUAAUCUAUUCGUUUCAAUUUUCUCAGUCAACUUCUUCAAUCCAAUUUGCUUCCUAAUAUCUUCAUUUUUCACUCUUUCUCUCCUCGUCUUCCCUAGCAUACUUUUCAGAAACUUCAUUUCACUGGAUUAUAUCCUACUCUCCUAGUCGUAAUCUAAGUAUCUGAGCCGUAAAUUGGUAUGGGUGUGAAGUAUGUCUUGUAUAGCGCUAGCUUGCACCUCAUUGGCACUUCCCUUCCCCACAUCAAGCCCCUUACACACUGGUAAAAUGUACUACUCUGUUGUAUUCUUUUGCUAAUGUCUGUCUCCAAACGAGCAUUCCUAAUUAAUACACUUUCCAAAUAUUUAAAGCUGUCCACUAUUUCAAUAUCCCGUCCCUUAAUAUGAAUUUGUCCCUUACCCUCUCUAUCCCCUCUGGUUACCAGCAUGGUCUUGCUUUUCUCCACAUUAAAUUUCAUUCCAUAUUUCUCGACCUUAUCAUUUAGGAUGUCUAUUUGUUUUUGUACCUCCUUACUGCUUGUUCCCCACACCACAAUAUCAUCAGCAAAUAGUAACAGCUGCAUCCCCCCUCCUCUAUGGGCUUCUUUCGUCCUUUGACUGUUACAUCCAUCACCAUUAUAAAUAGUAGUGGUGAUACCAAACUUCCUUGUCUUACUCCCAUAACAUUCUUAAACCAUUCAGUUUUUCCAAAUGGUGCCUGCACACAACUGGAGCUUUUUUCAUACAUUGCGUGGAUGACUUCAAGUGUUUGCUUUCUGUUCAAGGGUGCCCAUACCUUUUCCCUGGGAACACUGUCAUAUGCUAUCAGUAGGUCGAGAAAUGUCAUUACCAGACCUUUCCCAUACUCCCAAUGUCUAUCCAUCAACUGCCUCACGCUAAGGAUUGGGUCCACUGUUGAUCUACCAUGACGAACGCCAUACUGCUCCUCUUCUAAUUGCCCUUCCACUUUUUCUCUCACUCUUCUUUCCAGUGUCCCCUCCAUUAUUUUUUCUACUUGGGAUAUGUGUGUGAUCCCUCGAUAGUUGUCACAUACUUUCCUGUCACCCUUCUUGAAAACUGGGAUUAUUAUUCCCUUUCUCCAUUCUUCAGGUACACAUUUUUGGGUCAAAAUGCAUCUUAUUAGUUUUCUACAGUUAGGCCAUAUUUAAGGAGGAUUCUGCGGCAAAAUACGUGGCCAGUUUUAUAAACUGCCUUGGUUACAAAUGAUCUGUUUUUAUUACAGAAAUGGGUUGAGCGGUGGAGUAACUCAGUAAUGUAUUUUUAAUGUCAUUGGACUUAGACGUUCCUGAUUGCUUUUCCGUACGUAUAAGCCACAAAGGAAAGAGUAUACAGGGAUAACAAAUUUUUCUCUACGAGGAGUAAGUCAUUCUCCGAUUUUGAGACAAUUUGUAAUAGUGUAGAACACUAUUUCAUUCAUUUGUUCAUAUCAGAGUACACUAUCAUUCACCGUAGUCAGGAUGCGAUUGAUAAUUUCAUUAAAAUUCUAGACCCAUUAUAUUCCUGCAGGAGGAAAACGUGACGUCCUGCACAUUGGGUCUCAUGCGACCUGAAGCCAUUCACAUGUAGCAGUCCUUGAAUAGAUCCGAUUAACAGAUUUCAUCGAAAGGAGGUGAAAAACCAUUCUGUAUUUUGAACACUGAUUAAAGCAGUGUGAAUGCAGAUAGUAAAUGUCAAUGGUUUGUUCUAUUAACAUGUAUCUUAAAAUAUAAAGGUAUUUUGUCAACAAGGGCAUUAAGAAUAUUGUAAAUUAUUUAUUUGAACGACAAUAAAGAUUUGUUAUAUUGAAA